GAGAAAGCCAGUUUAAAUAAAACAUAUUAUUUAAUCGGUCUUUUCCACAUCAUUUUACAAAGAGACUUUUAUUUUAAAGGGUCGAUUUCCCGGAUCUCGCGAGAUUGAAUGAUCCAUGCGUUUGAGCAGCUGAGCAAAAUGGACUGAAAAUCAAUCGAUUUGUUUCUAUGAGCUGAACCCACAAAUUAGACUUUGCUUGGUUAUAGCCGAAACCAAUGGAAACGAAUGUUUACUGGUUAGGUCCAUUUUAGGAAACAUUUUAUUACUCUGAAUAUUUAGUUAAUUUUAUUAUGGAUUCAGUGGAGACAGCAGAGGAGCUGUUAGCUAAACAGCAUCGCAAGGAAAAGAAAGACCUGCAAGCAAAAAUACAAAUUAUGAAAAAUGCGGUGCCCAAAAAUGACAAGAAGAGGAGGAAACAGCUGACUGAGGACAUCGCCAGAUUAGAGGCUGAGCUCAGUCAAAAACACGAAAAUGAACUCAAACAAAUGCAGAUCUCUUCCACGCCAGAAGAGGUAUCAAAUGCAUUGGAUUCCGUGAGUUUGGCAGAUAAUGAGGAAAAAACAGAUGCAAAGCAAGCCAGGACAUCUAAAGCCCAGAAGAGAAGGGACAAAAAGGCUGCUCUUGAGAAGGAACGGGAGGUCCGGAUCGCUGAGGCAGAGGUGGAGAAUCUUUUCGGCUCCCGUCAUCAGGAGGGUCUGAAGCUGAGACAGAAGCUGGCGGAAAAGCACCUGCAGAUCAAAGAGAUCUCCUCUGAUGGACACUGCAUGUACCGCGCUGUGGAGGAUCAGCUGACGGAGCGAGGCUGCUCUCUCAGCCUCAAAGAGCUUCGGGCUCAAACAGCUCAGUAUAUGAGAAGCCAUGCCGAUGACUUCAUGCCUUUCCUUACCGACCUCAAUACAGGAGACAUGUACACUGCAGAACUUCAUAAACUACUUCAAAGAGUUCUCAUUAAAAAAUCCUACUGCACAUGCAGCAAUGGCAGCUUUGCAGAUCCUUGGCAUUCUAGCUGUCAGUUUGUCCAGAUAUUCAGGUGACAUUUCACCCCACACUUCCUGUAGCACUUGCCAUAGAUGUGUGGCUGUCUUAUCGGGCACUUCUCAUGCACCUUACAGUCUAGCUGAUCCCACAAAAUCUCAAUGGGGUUAAGAUCCAUAACACUCUUUUCCAAUUAUCUGUUGUCCAAUGUCUGUGUUUCUUUGCCCACUCUAACCUUUUCUUUUUGUUUUUCUGUUUCAAAAGUGGCUUUUUCUUUGCAUUUCUUCCCAUAAGGCCUGUACCCCUGAGUCUUCUCUUUACUGUUGUACAUGAAACUGGUGUUGAGCAGGUAGAAUUCAAUGAAGUUGUCAGCUGAGGACAUGUGAGGCGUCUAUUUCUCAAACUAGAGUAUCUGAUGUACUUAUCCUCUUGUUUAGUUGUACAUCUGGUCUUCCACAUCUCUUUCUGUCCUUGUUAGACCCAGUUGUCCUUUGUCUUUGAAGACUGGAGUGUACACCUUUGUAUGAAAUCUUCAGUUUUUUGGCAAUUUCAAGCAUUGUAUAGCCUUCAUUCCUCAAAACAAUGAUUGACUGAUGAGUUUCUAGAGAAAGCUGUUUCUUUUUUGCCAUUUUUGACCUAAUAUUGACCUUAAGACAUGCCAGUCUAUUACAUACUGUGGCAACUCAAAAACAAAGACAAUGUUAAGCUUCAUUUAACAAACCAAAUAGUUUUUAACUGUGUUUGAAAUAAUGGCAAGUAAUUUUCUAGUACCAAAUUAGCAAUUUAGCAUGAUUACUCAAGGAUGAGGUGUUGGAGUGAUGGCUGCUGGAAAUGGGACCUGUCUAGAUUUGAUCAAAAAUUACUUUUUUCAAAUAGUGAUGGUGCGGUUUUUUUACAUCACUAAUGUCCUGACUAUACUUUGUGAUCAGCUGAAAGCCACUUUGGUGAAUUAAAGUACCAAUUUCCUUCCGAAACAGCAAAAUCUGUACAUUAUUCCAAAUUUUGGCUGGUUUUUGAUCGAUAAUUAAAAUUUUUUUUUAAAUUAAUUACAAGGUAUGCCAAUUAAUCCAAUUAAUCGCAUAUAUAAAUAUUUGCUCAUAUUUGCUAAAUAUUUGAGAAAAACCCUCAAUGUGAAAUACAGUGCCUGGCCAAAAAAAAAAAACAAAAAAAAAAAAUUUGCUGUUUGGAUUUAAAUAAGCCGGUACUUAAGAGCCUAUGUUUGGAUCAUUAUUGCAGUGAUUAAUAUGUUUCAGCUGGCAGCCAUUCUUUUAACUCUAACUGAUGCAGUGUGUAGCUUCUCAUUUCUUAAACAACCAUGUUGGAAGACGUAUCCCAUGGUCAUGGAAA